AUGAGGAGUCUGCUGGUUCCCAUAGCCAUGACGAUGGAGGCCGAGAGAUCAGACGUUUACUCUUUUUUCCCCACAGCGCGAGAAGAGCAUGUACCGAUGCCCUUCCACUACGAGAACUACACCACCCUCGUACACAACCCGCGAUUCAACUUCAACCCUGCUCAAGCCUACCAGCCGCUCUAUAGCGACUAUCUCGUCCAUCCGCCCAUCAUGAGCAACAUCCUGCCGCCAGACGAUAUGGCGCAGUUCCAGAAGCUCUCCAACGAGUAUGAGCCGGAGCUACAGGGCCCUCUCGUCGGCUUGAAAGAGUCCAGUGUUGCUCUCAGCCAGGAGUAUGCACAGGCUGAUCCUGUGUACGUCGCAAAGACGACGUCAUUGGCGCAGACACACUCUCACUAUCGUAUCAUGAAAGGAGACGGCAACUGUGGAUGGAGAGCUGUGGCCUUUGGCUAUUUUGAAAACCUGUUCGCCCUACGCGAUCAGUCAAAGGUGGCUCAGGAGCUCUCUCGGAUCAAGAGCUUCAACAAGCUGUUCGAUGCCGUGGGCCAGCAGGAACAUCUAUACGAGAUCUUCGUCGAUGCUACCGAAGAGCUCUUGAACAGCGUCUCCGAGGAGAUCGGUAACAACAACCAAGACGGAAUCUUCAUCCUCAAUGCAUUCAACGACGAGUACAACUCCAAUGCUAUAAUUACGCACUUCCGAUUAAUGACAAGUGCUUGGAUGCGUCUCAACCCUGAACGAUACGAAGCAUUCCUGUCCAUCCCAUUAGAUCAAUAUUGUUCCAGGACAAUUGAUACCGUGAGGACAGAGAUAGACGAAAUCGGUCUUCAGGCACUGGUCGAUGGAGUCAUCGAAGCUUCUGGCUUUGCCGUUCAGAUUCUCUAUCUUGACCGCAGCCAGGGCGACCAAGUGACCGAACAUCAACUUACAUCUCAAGUUAAUGCUCCCCUUGGGACCAUCAAACUGCUUUAUCGACCCUCUCCCUCCUCGACAGGUCCCAUCUACCAGUAUUCUAUGACGUGCGAUUACGCUUCCUGGUAUCCGAAUUCUCUCACCUUCGAUCUGAACCCAGUCCUAAUGGCGGUCCCAAGUCUCCCACUAGAUCCGGCCACUAACCCCCCGGCCGCAUCUCCGUACCAGUACACCUACCCUAUCCAUCCGGCUCCUAACAUGAUGCCACAGCCCAUCCCUGUGCCCGAGCCUGCCACACCAGAACCCGCGACGGUCAACCUUCCAUUCCGCUCGCCUCCCCUGGAGGAUAAAUCUUCAGAGUUGAUGAUUCGAAUGAAUCCUCUGGUAGAUCCGGAUAUGAAUUGUUUGCCCUUGAGCAUUCCAUUUAGAAACUCCCAUUUCAACCAAGCACACUUCCUGAACUCUGAGUUUCAGCCAUCGCAAUGGGAUCCAAGUGAAAUCUACAAAAGAGAAAAGAAAUCAAACUCAAGCAGCCGCUCGGGAUCUUCUUCCGAGUGA